AUGGAAUUGAUGAUGAACUUCAAAUUUUUAAGGCAUAGCACUUGUGGACAGGAAACUGUAGUUUUCACUGUUGACGAAAAAACAUCUUAUACUUUUAUACAAACUACAAAUAUCCCAUCAAUAGAUGAUUUGGCCGCUGCAUUAGACGCUUUGACUGAAAAAAGAAAAAGCAUAAAUUUGGAAUGCAUUUAUGAAGAUAUGAUCUAUUUUGAGAAGAGUGGCAGUAACAGUAUAUCACGUAUGUAUUUUGAAGAGUUAACUGACCAUUUCCAUUAUCCACAGCUUAAGGUUUUCAAUUUCUCGUCAAAUUCUUACCCACGCAUUCCCGACCAACUCAAAAAGUGGUGGAAAUAUUUCCCUGCCCUACAAACCUUAGAUCUCUCGAACAACAAUAUUCAAAACUUUUCCUUUGAAUACCCUGAUGUCCAGCAAAAAGCUUUAUCCAUCAAUUUGAUGAACAACAACAUAACCAGUGUUCCAGAGGAUUUGCUCUCGUAUUUAAGUGGGAAAACCCUACUCCUGAUUAAUCUUCUAGACAACCCCAUUCAUUGUGACUGUCAUGCAAAGGUACUCGCCCAGUAUCUAAACGAUCUGUGUCAAAAAGCCCGGUUCUGUAACAUAUCCAAAGUUAAGUGUAACUCACCACCUCGGUUUGCAGGGAAGGAAGUGCGGCUACUGACGGAUUCAGAACUAUGUCUAAUCAGAGUUUAUUAA